GGUUAGAGAGAACAGUAGACAAGGAACGAGAGUAGAGAGAGAGACAGAGAGAGACAAACAGACAGACAGAGACAGAGACAAAGACUCAAAGAGAGUCUGCAUGCAGCCAGCCUGGGACAGCUUGGUACUGUAGAAACAGCCAGACGUUCAACUCUAGCACUCAUUUCCUCUCUGCUCCACAGCAAGCCCACCUGGUUCAGCUCAACACUGCAUCAUCAGAGCCAGCCCAUUCUCUACAUAUGGAGAGGGAGCCGGCUUCUUUUCAGACACUCAGCAUCUAGGUCCUGAGGAAAGGGUACUGAAGCAGAGUCCUACAGAAUUUCUGGAAGAGGAAACGUUGCAGCAACAACUUAGAGUGUAUGUGAUUAUGGAUGACUCCAGCCGUCAGUCUGAGUAGAGCAUCAUCCUCCAUCAUGGUACAGCAAAGGGGACACAAAUACUUAGCAGUUAUGGACAGUGAUUUGAGCCAAGAGGUUUUCGUAGGACUGGGAGCAGAUGAAGGGGAGGAGGUUUUUGGACCGUCGCCCUCCAACAAAGACCCCAACUGGUGCAAGACUCCCACGGGUCACAUCAAGCGGCCCAUGAAUGCAUUCAUGGUCUGGUCGCAGAUCGAGAGACGGAAGAUCAUGGAGCAGUGGCCAGAUAUGCAUAACGCCGAGAUCUCCAAACGCCUUGGCAAGCGCUGGAAACUCCUCCCCGACUACGAGAAGAUCCCCUUCAUCAAAGAAGCAGAGAGACUUCGGCUAAAGCACAUGGCCGACUACCCCGACUACAAGUACCGGCCCCGGAAGAAGAGCAAGAGCUCCAUGCCCGUGCGGGUCGGGGAAAAGGUCCCCCUGAAGACAGGCAAGUCCAACACGGGUGGUCGUGCAUCCGCUUCCGCAUCCUCCACAGCCACCAGCAAAGGGCUCAAGGUCCGAACGCCUUCCUCCAAACACAGAGCCAGCUUCCACGGCAAUAAGUUCAAAGGUUACGACGAGGGCAUCAGCGAUGACGACACAGUGGAUGUAGAGAUGGCCAGUCAGGGAGCAAGCCAGCCAGGAGGGCAGAGGCCAGCCUUGGACGUCUUCCACCACCAGCAGGCUGCCAUGACCCCUGGGCAGCAGCAACCUCAUCUCACAGCCCAGCUCAGAGUCAAAUUGCCCACCACCACCUCCCACCCGCCCACCUCCAACCUCCCUGUGGGCCUCUCCUCUGGGUCUCCUGUACCCCAGAGCCUCCCAGAGUCGUCCCCCAGGGUGUCCUCUUCAUCGGAGUCCCGUACGCCCCUCUCCUCCACCGGCCGCUCCUCCACCCCCAGCUCCACCAGCUCCUCCUCAUUCGUGUCGUCGGCCUCCUCCGACGAGGAGCUGGAUGAGGAAAUCUUGCAUAUCAUCUCCAACGCCAACUUCGACAGCAUGCCUAUGGAUUGCGCCACUCUGGACAAAGACUUUGAUGCUGCGUUUCACACCAACUCGGGAUCCCACUUCGAUUUCCCUGACUACUGCACCCCGGAAGUGAAUGAGAUGAUAUCCGGGGACUUGCUGGUGCCCAGUAUCUCUGACCUGGUGUUCAAGAUCUACUGACCUUCAUUCAUAAAAGCCUGUGGUUUUUUGCUUAUAUUAUUUAUUUUUCCCCACCCCGAGCUUGGGCACUUCCUUUUUGUGUUCUCUCAAUCAAGUCCGUAAGUGCUAUUGCUUUUCUUUUCCCAGUAUGCCACAUCCUGAUGGUCUGGUGUACAAACAGUGACAUGUUUCUCAAUCCAAGCCUUUUAUCAAAGUUAAAAUAUCCAGGCACCGAACAGGAGACCAUGUACAAACAGCAGAGCAGACUCUGAACAGAUAUGUUCCUAGUAGAGGGAUAAGAGUGCUUUCAACAGUAAACCUAUUCAGUAUUUAUUGUUUUCAGUAUUAACAGGAGCAUGGAGCAUUGCCAUGUCUUUCACGUGCAUUUGUUGUAUAUGAAGCACCAUUACAGAUAUGUUCUGACAUAAUCAACCAGAAUGAAGGCAACAACUGCAGAUUCACAUUUUCAAAUUGACAAAGUAGCCUCAUUCCUGAUUUAUUCAUGUUAUCAACAAAUGAUCUCUAAAUAUCAAAGGGUAAAAAGGGAGAUCACGUGAGGCAUAGAUAGUCCUUAUGUUUCAGCUAAUAGGAAUCUGCAGCACUUGUCAUCGGGCUUUUACAGUAGCAUCAGUUAAAGUAAAGGCUCUUGCCAAGAGAGAAAUCUGCUGCAGACAAGUGCCAAGGAGCCGGCCAUAAUUUAUUUAAUAAUCUGUAAUUAGAUAACAGCACUUUCAUCGCCUCGCUAAUACUGCAGACUCCAAGACAUGGAGUAUUACGUAAACACAAGCCUUGUGUGUGUGCCUGAUUCAUUCCAGACAGUUGAGGCUGACCGUAGCGGUGGUUUGGUGGUUAGAGUGUGGGGCUGAGUAGU